CGCCUGACGGGGGCCCGCACGGGCCCUUCCCCGCCGAAAAGCGAAGCUGGCGCCUGAGAGUUCCUGCAGGCGGACGCAGGCUGCGACCGUGCAGCGCGGAGAUGCGCGGGCAACAUCCGGGCACCGGCGGCCGUCGACCUGAGGGACGCCGCGUGACCCGCUGCGGCGCCCGCGGCCAUGCUGAAGUGCGCGAUGAGCGGCAGUCACGUGAAAGUAUUUGGAAAAGCAAUCCAAGCUCUUUCACGAAUUAGUGAUGAGCUGUGGCUAGAUCCAUCUGAACAAGGUCUUGCUCUAAGAUCUGUGAAUUCCUGUCGGUCAGCAUAUGGAUGUAUCGUCUUCUCUCCUGUGUUUUUUCAACAUUAUCAAUGGACAACCCCAGCGAAAAUGAAUGAUAAUGAUAAAGCAUCAAAUUUAAAUUGCAAACUGGGAAUGAAAUCAAUCCUGCCCAUCUUUAGAUGUCUGAAUUCCCUCGAAAGAAAUGUAGAGAGAUGCAAAAUAUUCACCAGAUCUGAUACAUGCAAAGUAGUUAUUCAGUUCUUCUACAAACAUGGUGUUAAAAGAACUCAUAAUGUGUGUUUUGAAGAAAGUCAACCUUUGCAAGUUAUUUUUGAAAAGAAUAUGUGCACUAAUACACUAAUGAUUCAGCCAAGAGUGCUUGCUGAUGCAAUUGUUCUUUUUACAUCGAGUCAAGAGGAAAUUACCCUUGCUGUUACUCCACUAAAUGUUUGCCUUAAGAGUUCUAAUGAGGAAUCAAUGGAUUUGACCAAUUCUCUGUACAGUGAGAUGCUUGUUGGGCCAGACGAGUUUGACAUCUUUCAAAUUGGAGUUGACACUGAAAUAACAUUUUGCUUCAAGGAACUGAAGGGAAUGCUGACAUUUUCAGAAGCUGUACAUGCUCCUGUAUCUAUUCAUUUUGACGUUCCUGGGAAACCUAUGGCUCUAAGUAUUAACGAUAUGUUAUUGGAAGCUAACUUUAUUUUGGCUACAUUGGCUGAUGAGCCAAGCAGAGCAUCUUCUCCACAAUCGUCGUGUCUUUCACAAAAGCGAAAAAGGUCUGAUCUGCCACGUUCAAAUUCAAACACUGGUGAAAAUGUAACCAGCAAGGCCACACCAGAGUAUAUAGCAAGAAAAACAACAGCUAAAAGAUUCUGUCCUACAGAGACACCCCCAGUGUCUGCACUGGCAAACUGUGGCAGCCCAGCAGUGAAAAAGACAAUGGGAGAAGUCUGUGAAGUUGCAGAAAGCAGCGUCAGCGACACGGAGGAAGCGCCUGGCUCCCCUUACCUCAGGAAGUUUUCUUGCAUGUUCUUUGGAGCCGUUUCUCCUGAUCAGCGAGAACACCGCAGCCACCCUUUUGGGAGUCUCGCCACAGCGAGCGACAGUGAUGAGGACACGAAUAACGGCAGUUUCUCCGCAGUCUAACACUCUGGUGGCCAUUUGCUGGGGCAGUUGCACCGCAACCAUGAUCUCAUACUUAGUACAUAAAGCUAGAAAUUAUCUCGGAUCGCCUGAAAUGGAGAAUGGGCUUGUUUAAAACAUCUUGUAUACCCACAUACCUAACCCGAGCUGCUCGUCAGGUGUAGGUAACUCACUCAAGUCCACUGUACUACUUCAGAGCAGGAGUUAGUUAUGCAGGGAAAACUCAUUAGACCCAUUACCCUCACGCUGGAGCGCUUUGCUCUGCCGGCUUUAUAAAGGCAACUCCAGUAGCCACUUGGAGUGUGUCAACAUGGCUUGUAGUUUUGCGACUUGAAAGUAGGUAGGUUUGGUAUUUGAUUGCAAACAUUUGCUUGUUGGUGCUUUCAAACAUAGUAAAAACUUAUGCAGUCUUUUCUCACUUAAUGUCAUGCCUUUUUUUGUGCUUUGGUUUUUAUAUUUUAAGGUUUUUAAAAUAGC